AUGUACGUAGAGUCAGAGACGUCGGCUGGCCCCCAGGUGGCACUACCGACGGGCACCAUCUUCUACUGCAACUUCCACGAGCCUAGCCUCGACUGUCCCAUCAAGGAGGAGCCAUACGGAAGUUUCCAAGUGCGUCGCCUAAUAGGCGGAGGUGGCUAUCUGACCACGACCGUGAGUCCGAACGAAUCAGCGGCAGUGAGUCUGGACCGAGUUCUGGCCGUGCCGGAUAACGACACGGAGGCCUCGGUGUGCUUACGCUUCCGGUUCCGCAAGGGUCCCUUCCGCGAAGGCGCGGGCGGCUCUUCCGAGCUGCACGUGCGACUCUCGGUGCUCGACCGGAACGUGAUCAAGAGCAGCGCGCUGACCCGCCACUACUCGCACUGGACACCGUACAGCAUAACCAUCACCCGUCCCAUUCGGGUGCAGUUGACGCUGCUGCUAAAAGUUGGCGCGAACAGCGCACCGCAGUACUUCGACCUGACAGACGUCCUACUCGCCAGGAAACCCUGUUGA